AUGCCUAAUUCACAUGUUCAAUGCACACUAAUAAUUCUAGUAGCAUUAUUACAUGGGGCACUAUCCAUUACCUAUAAUGUAACCGAUGUGGUGCCAAACACUCCCGGAGGAAUCAGAUUUGAGAAAGAAAUUGGAGUUGAUUACAGUAGACAAGAAAUGGGGACUAUCAACCAAUUCAUAUACAAGCUUUUUGAUCAAGAAAACAAUCCUGGUGAUAGAAGACCGCAAGACUUUGUACAACUAUACAUUGACGUACAUGCUGACAAUGCUACAGCGGUCACAUCACUUGGAAACAUCAUAAAUAUGAGCUCAAUUUUUAUUCAAGACUAUGAAGGCGAUGUGAAGUGGGGUUUUACUUCUAUUCUUUACCAUGAAAUGACACAUGUUUUCCAAUGGUUACCAAAUGAUGCACCAGUUGGAUUAAUAGAAGGGAUAGCUGAUUACACCAUGCUCAAAGCCAAUUAUUUUCCACCCGGACUAGCCAAACCAGGAGAUGGUGAUAGGUGGGAUCAAGGUUACGAUGUUACAGCACGAUUUCUUGAAUAUUGUGAAAGCUUGUUAGAAACAUUUGUGGCACAACUUAACAAAAAGAUGAAGGAUUCUUACAAUGACAGUUAUUUUGUAGAUUUGUUGGGAAAACCAGUUGAUACAUUAUGGAAUGAAUACAAACAAAAAUACCACCAUGAUCCAAAGGUGGCCCGAAGUCUGUAA